AUGUGGCUUCUCAAUACCAAGACUCUCACACUUGAGAGCUUCACGGAUCCAUCAGAGGUUGAGUACGCUAUACUCUCGCACACAUGGGACAGCGAUGAGGUCUCUUUCCGGGAAAUGUCCCCCGUCGCUGUGGCGACGACGACCAAGAGCAAGGCGGGCUUUGACAAGGUCGCAAAGACCUGUGAGGUUGCACGAGAGAAGGGCCUGGGAUACGCGUGGGUCGACACCUGCUGCAUCGACAAGUCCAGCAGCGCCGAGCUCAGCGAGGCCAUCAACUCCAUGUUCAGGUGGUACCAGGAGGCGAAAGUCUGUUUGGUGUUCCUCUCAGAUCUCCGCCCGGACGUUGGCGGCACUGGGCCUGGGGUCUAUGAGAUAGCCGACCUGUCUAGGUGUAAGUGGUUCAGUCGCGGCUGGACUUUACAGGAGCUCAUCGCGCCAGCCGUUGCAGAGUUUUACGAUGCCGGUUGGACGUUACGGUUAUCCAAGGAUGAGUGGUCGGGGUGCCUGUCUACAAUAACCAACAUCGAUGUCGAUAUCUUGACAUUCGACAAGGAGCUUUCAGCUGUUCCUGUCGCCGUCAGGAUGUCCUGGGCAGCACACCGCCGAACGAUCCGUGUCGAGGAUCGAGCCUACUCCCUCCUCGGGCUCUUCGACAUCCACAUGCCCAUGAUCUACGGCGAGGGUGCCAAAGCCUUUCAGCGACUUCAGGAAGAGAUUGCCAAGGAGACGGAUGACAUGGCGCGUUUCGCCUGGGUAGCAGUCGAUGAAGAACAGCGGUAUAGAGGCAUGUUUGCCCAGGAACUCGCCGAGUUCACACUCUGCGGUAACUACACGCGAUUCAACCGACUCAAAUCGGACCGGAGCGAAUUCUCCAUCACCAACAAAGGGGUCCGCUUUACCGAGCUCUUGGGCAUGGACACGGAGACAAGCGCCGCUUGGGCGCUCCCUUUUCGAACACUAGGCAACUGCCAAAUCUGCCACUAUCCGCAUCGCAUCCGCAUCGGCCUCUUCUUCACCGCCGAGGGCUGGGUCCGCGCGACGCCGGGCCGCUGCCGGUACAAGAGUGAGGGGCCGCGAGCCGGCAUGAUUGACGUGUGCGUCAGGAAGACGGUCACAGCCUCAGAGAGCCGAAGGCUCGAGCAGCGACCGGGCCACUUCUUCAAGCUGGAGUGGCCUCCGGGGGAUCCCUUCAACAGAUAUGGCAAGCUUCUCUGGGCUGAGCGCAGCUUCCUCUGGGAUCCCGUUCAUAGGGGAUUCGUGGGGGAGGCCCAGGCUGAAGAUUUCAUGGGCAUCAUCAAAGUGUCCUUGCGCGCGUUGCCGGCCGAUAGCUUAGUCUCUCUAUUUCUGUACAAAGCCAAAGACCGAUCCCCCGAGGUCCAGCUGUUCCUAUUCCCGGAAUGGCCUUGGGAGCUGAAGGAGGGCCCCGUCCAUUACCCCGAGUUUACAUUUUCCCCAGAAACGCAAAUGGAGUUGUACAAGCGUUCUCUACUGUAUUAUCCCCCUAGUAAUUUGGAGUCUGCUCGGGCUACUUACAGUGAUGCCCAAUUCUCCUUUGAUAUGACCUUUACGGCAGAAGUGGACGAGGAAAUGCGCCUUAUAGUAUCUUGUAAAUAUUCCAAGGAGCCUCUCAAAGCACAGGAGCACGAAGGUCUUUUGUUACUAGCUGACAAGUCCACGCAGAGGGGUUCUAGUGAGCCCGAGAGUUUACCCAUGCGAGGUUUGGAAUAG